GGUGAAUGAAAGAUCUUUAUUUAUUGUUAAUAAUUCGUCAAUAUGGAUAAUACUAAUGGAAUAUAUAAUGUUGAAUGAACUAAAAGAAAAUUUUGACCAAUUGACAUCCAUACAACAAAUAGAAAUUUCAAAAAAUGAAAAUAUCGAAGAAAAUAAUGAUUUACAACAAUUAUCUACUGAUUUAAGUAUUUCUCAAAUUAUUGAUUUGUCAUUAUCUGCAUUUUCAGCAACAAACAAUAUUUUGUUUGAAUCUACUACAAAUAGAUUAGCACUUUAUGAAAGAAACCGUAAUUUAGGCAAUAUGAAAUAUAAUCUGAUUAGCUUAGCACAACAGAUAGUGAAUGAAGAAAAUAGUGAAAUUAGUAAUAAUAGCUACAAUUGA